UGGAAUGUUUGGUGAACCAAGUAAUCCAGGAAUAGGAUGCAGCACUCCUACAGUUCCGACAGUUAGUCCUAACCUAUGUGAAGAAGAUUCUGGAUGUCCAGGAAAUUCGGCUUGCAGAAUAAACAAUGAAGGUUUUAACGAGUGUAUAGAUGUAUGUUCAAAUGUUCAUUGUGGUCCAAAUGCUCAAUGUAUUGGUAGAAGGCAUCAAUAUUUUUGUGAAUGCGUACCUGGAUAUUCCGGAAAUCCUAAUGAUAUACAUGCUGGUUGUACAUUAAUAAGGUUUGAUAGAUGUACAUCUAGUAUUGACUGUCCAGAUACACAUGUUUGUGUAGUUAUUAGAGGCGAUGCCUACAAAGAAUGUGUUCAUGUUUGUGAAGAAAAGCAAUGUGGAGAUAAUGCUCAAUGUACUGGACGAAAUCAUAGACUUAUAUGUGAAUGUGCAUCUGGAUUCACCGGUAAUCCAUAUGAUUUGAAUGUAGGAUGUAAAUUACCUCCUCGUGAUCUAUGCACACAUGAUGCUGAUUGCAGUGGAGAUGAAAUCUGUAGACCUACUGAAAGUGGGGUUAAAGAUUGUAUUCGUGUUUGUCCUCAACAUAACUGUGGAUUAAAUGCUCAUUGUAUUGGAAAAUUACAUAGACCGAUAUGUGAAUGUAAUACUGGAUAUCUUGGAGAUCCAAAUGAUUAUCAUAUUGGAUGCCAACCACCAUCUCCAAAUAUAUGCGAGGUUAACAGAGAUUGUCCAGAAUAUAAAAUCUGUAGAUCAAAUGAAAAUAAUAUAAAGGAUUGUUUUGAUGUCUGUAAAAGUACACGUUGUGGACCAAAUGCCCAAUGUAUAGGACGAGCACAUCAACCAGUUUGUGAAUGUAAUCCUGGAUACACUGGAAAUCCAGUUGAUUUUCUCCAUGGUUGCAAGCCACCAAUUGUUGAUGGAUGUCAAAUAAAUGCAGAUUGUAAUGUUGAUCAUGUUUGCCAAUUGACAUCAAAUGGUAUUAGAGAUUGUGUCAGUGUCUGUCAAAAUAGAAAAUGUGGUCCUAAUGCAUUAUGUAUUGGUCGAAAUCAUCAUGCAAUUUGUGAAUGUCCUACUGGUUUCGGUGGUGAUCCUCAUAAUAUGCAGAAAGGAUGUCAACCAAAUCGCUGUGAAACUGAUCAUGAUUGUCCGGAUAGCGAUAUUUGUAAAAUGAGUAGACAGGGAUUCAAAGAUUGCUUUAAUGCAUGUAGAGGCAAAAGAUGUGGACAGAAUUCUGAGUGUAUAGCCACUAAUCAUCAACAUCAUUGUGAAUGUAAAGCAGGGUUUGAAGGAAAUGCUGAAAGUUUACAAAUAGGAUGCCGUCCUCGAGACAUCUGUAAAUCAGAUAGUGACUGUAGCAGUUCCGAAAUCUGUAGAACUAAUCAGCGAGGUAUAAAGGACUGUAUAGAUGGUUGUGUUGAAGUCUUAUGUGGGAAGAAUGCCUUAUGUUCUGUAUCAAAUCACAUUGCAUUAUGUAAUUGUCUACCAGGCUAUUUUGGUGAUGCCUUUAAUAAAGAUUUAGGAUGUGAAAGACAACCUGAACAUAUUUGUGAAACUGAUCACCAAUGUCCUUCAAAUUCUAUUUGCCGACUAAAUAAUCGUGGAAUUAAAGAUUGCUUUGAUGGUUGUGAAAGUGUUCAUUGUGGUGUAAGAGCAAAAUGCAUAACAGAAAAUCAUCAGUCUCAGUGUGUUUGUGUAGAUGGCUUUGUAGGAAAUCCAUAUGAUCUAGUCAAGGGAUGUGAAUUACCUCAUGAAUGUGUGGGAGAUAGUGGAUGCUCUCAUGAUCAAGUCUGUCGACCUGGCACAGAUGGAAUAAGGAGAUGUGUCUUUGUGUGCCUUUAUGCAGAUUGUAGCCCAACCGCUGAAUGUAUUGCACAGAAUCAUGUUGCCAUCUGCCGUUGCCCUGCCGGAUACACUGGAGAUCCACUUGAUGUACAUGAUGGCUGUAAAUUGAUCAAACCUAAUAAAUGUGAGGAUGAUAGUUAUUGUCCAAUGACCCAUGUGUGUCGACAUGUUCCCGAAGGAAUUUUAGAUUGUGUUGAUGCUUGUUCUUUCCUUCAAUGUGGACCUAAUGCCAAUUGCAUAGUAAGAAAUCAUCAUCCAACUUGUGAAUGUUUGCCUAAUCACAAAGGAAAUCCUUUCAAUUUGGUCAAUGGUUGUAGACCACCACCUAAAUUGGACGAAUGCCAACAUGAUACUGAUUGUAGAAGAACAAGUGAUGUGUGCAAAUCGGAUAACAGUGGCAUAAAGAAGUGUGUAGAUGCUUGUAAAUUUGUUACAUGCGGAGCAAAUAGCGAUUGUGUAGCAACUAAUCAUUAUCAUCAAUGCGUAUGUAGAGAAGGAUAUAUUAAAGAUCGCAAUGAUAUAAUGGCAUGCAUUUUAAAACCAGAAGAUGAAUGUAAAGCUGGUGCUGAAUGCCCUACAUUUGCAACUUGCAAAGCAGAUAAUCUUGGUGUUUUAACUUGUGCUGAGGUUUGUUUAGAUUUGUCAUGUUCACCAAAUGCCAAUUGUGUGGCAUUGAAUCAUAGAGGUAGAUGUCAUUGCGAAGAAGGUUACACGGGAGAUCCAAAUAGCCGUGAAGGAUGUAUUCCUAUUGAACGACAUGAAUGCGACAUUAGUUCUACCUGUGGUCUGAAUGAAGCUUGUUUGUCCGACAGAGAAGGAACGAGAAAAUGCACAGAUCCUUGUGAAUCCACAAAAUGUGGUCCUAAUGCCCUUUGCAUAACUAUUGAUCAUAAGGCACAAUGUCAGUGUCCAAAUGGAUUGUAUGUUGGUAAUCCUUACGACAUUACACAUGGAUGCCGGCAAGUUGAAUGCUUAUCCGACGAACAUUGCUCAGAUAAACGAUACUGUGCACCUGGAUAUCAUUGUGAAGAUCCAUGUGUUGAUACCUGUGGUGUAAAUUCAUUAUGCGUAGCUCAGAAUCAUAAAUCUGUCUGCCAUUGUCGACCGGGAUUUACGGGAGAACCUUAUACGCUUGGAUGUGAAGAAAUAAAGCAUUGUGAAUAUCAUCCCUGCCAUAUAACGGCAAAAUGCAUAGAUACACCUGGAAGUUAUAUUUGUCAGUGUCCGGAUAACUACAUAGGAGAUCCUUAUCAUGAAGGCUGCCGUCAUCCAAAUUCUUGUCCUAAUGGAGACAUAGACUGUGCUUCGGAAUCUGCUUGCCUAUCCGAUAUUGGCGGGGAAGCAAUGUGUAAAAAUCCUUGUGAUCACUUUAAUUGUGGACCUAAUUCUAUUUGUCGUGUGGUUAAUCAUCAGCCGCGUUGUGUCUGUCCAGAAGGUUUUCAUGGAAAUCCAAACCCACAAGAUGGUUGUAUUCGUGUUUCCGUAUUCUGUUCAAAAAGUGAUGAUUGCGGCGACCAUCAAGAAUGUGAUGAUAAGCAAUGCAGAUUAUUCUGCACUAAAAAUGAGGAGUGUGCAACAGGAGAGAGAUGUAUUGAUAAUCAUUGUGUACAGCCAUGUUUCUCACAUGUUGAUUGUCUGCAACAGGAAGCUUGUAUAUCUGCUGGAUAUUGCCAUCUCGGUUGUAGAAAUAAUAAUGAUUGCUUGUCUUCAGAAGCUUGUAUUCAAAACAGCUGCCAAAAUCCAUGUACUAUUAAGGGUAUAUGUGGCACGAAUGCUCUCUGUGAAGUUCGCCUUCACAAUGCCACUUGUAAAUGCCCUCCUGGUUUUGAAGGAACACCUUCACCAAUUCUUGGUUGUAAAAGAGUUGUGAGUAGUUGUUCACCUACUAGUCCUUGCCCGACGGGAUUGAUUUGCGUCGGAGAACGUUGCCGUGCACCAUGCAGUGAGUGCGUCGAUGGAGAAGUUUGCAUUAAUGGUGUCUGUAUGGUUAUAUGUUCUUCGGAUGGCAACUGUCCUGUACGUGAAGUCUGCAUUAAUCAAUACUGUCAAGUGGGUUGUCGUACAGAUGGAGACUGUCAAUUAAAUGAAUUAUGUACAAGCAAUCGUUGUCUUUGUAAACAGGGCUUUAUUUCUACACCACUUGGCUGUAAAGAUGAAGAUGAAUGUCUAUCUCAUCCUUGUCAUAGCACGGCCGUGUGUGUUAAUACACCCGGCAGCUUCUUCUGUCGUUGCAGAGAUGGCGAUAUCGGAGAUGGUUACACGGGAUGUCGAAGUCCUGGAGAAUGUCCAAACGGAAACGUGGAUUGUCCUCCAAAUUCUGCUUGCGGAAAAGAUGAAAAUGGUAUCCCCAAAUGUAUCGAUCCAUGUGGUGAAGAACCUUGUGGACCAAAUGCAAGAUGUUUGGUAUCAAAUCAUCAAUUUCAAUGUUCAUGUCCAAAAAUCGAUUUAUUCACUGGAGAUCCUUAUGAUAAACAUAAAGGAUGUAUCAAAGUGGAAUGUUUAAGAGAUACAGAUUGCCCAACAGAUAAACAAUGCAGAGAAUUUUAUUGCGAAAGUCCUUGCAGUGGUGUGGACUGUGGUCCUUAUGGAACUUGUGUGAUAAGAGACAGACAAGCAUUAUGCCGUUGUGAACCUGGUUACGAAAAUAACGGGCGGUUGAAUUGCAUUGAUAUCAAUGAAUGUAAGCAACAUCCCUGCCAUAGUAGCGCAGUUUGUGAAAAUACUCCCGGUAGUUUCAGUUGUCGUUGUCCUACUGGACUAGUCGGAGAUCCACUUCUUCAUCCUGGAUGUCACGAUCCUAAUAUGUGUCCGAGAGGCGACGAGGAUUGCCCAGAAACGGCUAAAUGCAUACGGAUAAACGGAGAACCAUUUUGCAAAGAUCCUUGUGAAAAUACUCUUGCUUGUGGAAGAAAUGCAGAAUGUAGAACGGUUAAUCAUGAACAUGUUUGUUCUUGUCCGCCACGAUAUACAGGAAAUGCUUAUUACAGAUGUGAUAAAUUGGAAUGUUUGAGAAAUGACGAGUGCAAGGAUCACGAGAUAUGCGAUCAGCAUCUUUAUAAGUGUAUUGAUGCAUGCAAGGCACCUACCGUUUGUGGUGAAAAUACAGUUUGCAUUCCUCAGUCGCACAGUUAUACUUGUAGAUGUAAAGACAGUUACUAUGGGGAUCCUGUUGCUGGCUGUAGAAAAAUUAUUACUUGUGAAGUCGAUCUUAAUUGUCCAUCUGGUGAAUUGUGUCAAAAAGGUGUAUGCAUGGUACCCUGUAAUUCUGACAGAGACUGUGGUCCAAAUGAUCGCUGUGACAAAGGAAGAUGUAUCUCUGUUUGCCGAUCAAAUAAUGAAUGUCCCCAAGGCCAAGCGUGUAGGGAAGGAACAUGUGAAACUGUUGAUCGAUGCGAAAAUGAUAAUAUAUGUGAUGAAUCUCUUGCCUGUCGCAGAGGAGAUCAAGGAUAUAUGGAUUGCUUGGAUCCGUGUGCCCUUACUGUUUGCGCUCGCAAUUCCAUUUGUUUAUCCAGAAAUCACGUUGCCGUUUGCCAAUGUCAAGAAGGAUACAUUGGCGAUCCAUUGAAUAGAGGAUGUGAUCCAGUGGAUUGUCAAAAGCAUGAAAAUUGUCACCAUAAUGAAGUUUGUGAAAAUUAUAAAUGUGUCGAUCCAUGUCAAUUGCAAAAUUUCUGCGGCAAUAAUGCGUACUGUGUUGCACAAGCUCAUUCUGCAGUUUGUCGUUGCCACGAAGGUUAUGAAGGUGAUCCUAUUGCUGGCUGUCGUUUAAUUGAUUAUUGUGCAAACAACCCGUGUCAUUCCAAUGCUAUAUGCAAAGUGAAAUUUGGUGGUUACGAAUGUCAUUGUCCUCCAGAAAGAAGUAUUGGUAAUCCAUAUGGUGAACCAGGAUGUCGAGGACCGAAUGAGUGUCCUAGUGGUAAUUCCGAUUGUCCUCCGACUGCUGCUUGUGAACGAGAUGAUCAUGGGCUUCUCAUGUGCAAAAAUCUCUGCCAGAAACCGGAUAUCUGUGGAUUAAAUGCACUCUGUCGUAUGGAGAAUCAUGCGGCUGUAUGUUAUUGCCCACCAGGUUUCACUGGAAACCCUCACGAUUUUACUCGAGGAUGCAUAAGAGUUCCUGAAGUAUGUAAUACUGAUCACGAUUGUUUAGGAGGAUUAGUUUGUGAAAACAGACGUUGUAGACCUCCGUGUCGCACCGAUAGUGACUGUGCUAUCCGAGAACUUUGUAGAGGCGGGCAUUGUGUUUUGGGCUGCAAAACAGACAGCGAUUGCUUGACUGGAGAAAUAUGUAUUGCGAAUAAAUGUAGCGUUGGCUGCAGGACCGAUAGUGAUUGUUUACGUACAGAAAACUGUUUAUCAAAUAGUUGUACAAGUAUAUGUGAAAGUGCAACAGCAUGUGGUACCAAUGCAUUAUGCAAAGUAUUAGAUCAUAGAAAAGAAUGUUAUUGUCUCCCUGGCUUUACAGGAAAUCCAACAAUUGCAUGCCAGAGAGUUCAACCAAUAUGCCAUAGUGAAGCCGACUGUCCUCCAAAUCAUUUCUGUCUUGAUGGAAAAUGCAGAGUUGAGUGCGUGACUGAUAAAGAUUGUAUUGCUGGGGAAAGAUGUUUCAGCAAUCAUUGUUUAUCGUUAUGUCGUCAUGAUGAAGAUUGUCAAUCAAAAGAAAUCUGUAUUCGAAAUAGAUGCCAAGUUGGAUGCAGAACAAAUGAGCAAUGCUUGGAUCAUCUUGCUUGUAUCAGUAAUCAGUGUAUAGAUCCUUGUCAAGCAAGUGCCACUUGUGGACCCAACGCAGAGUGCAAAGUCAUAAAUCAUCAGUCUAUCUGUACUUGUCUGACUGGCUUCAUUGGUCGACCUAAUGCAAACGUCGGUUGUAUUCGUCCGUUCGUUACUUGCACUACUUCUUCUGAAUGUCCGCCUGGUUCCGUUUGCUAUAACGGACACUGCAGUGUCACUUGUAUCGGUGUGCAAGACUGUGCUGUUAAUGAGAGAUGUGUUGACAGAAGAUGUCGCAUUCAGUGCUUUAGAGAUAGGGAUUGUCCUUCUGAAGAAAUAUGCGAACAGAAUGUUUGUCGUGUUGGAUGUCGUGCAAAUCAAAAUUGUCCNAGAUUUACUCUGCCUUUAUUACCUUGGCUAUUGAACAACUUUUAAAUAUUUGUUUUUAUUUCAGAUCCUUGUAGCAGUACUGCAAAAUGCGGUACAAAUGCAUUAUGUGAAGUCGUUAAUCAUGAAGUACAUUGCACCUGUCCUUCGGAAACAACCGGAGAUCCAUAUUCCGAGUGUAUUCGAGUUGCCGUUUACUGUAAGGCAGACGACGAGUGUGGGUUGGGAAGGUACUGCGAAGCUUCCGUCUGUAGAGUAACCUGCAGUAGUGAUAACAAUUGCUUUGAUAAUGAAAAAUGUAUUGAAAGAAGAUGCAGUGUAAUUUGCACGAGUGACAGAAGUUGUCCUAAUGGAUUUAUCUGUGAAUCAGGACAAUGUAUAGCUGGAUGUCGUGUCGAUUCCGAAUGUCAAUUUAACGAAGAAUGUAUCAGUCAUCAAUGUAUAAAUCCAUGUGCUAGUCCGGCAGCAUGUGGUAAAAAUGCUCAGUGCCAAACUUUAAAUCAUAGAGCGGUAUGUACGUGCCUACCAGAUUACACUGGUAAUGCAAGAGUAGAAUGUAGCAAAGUUGAUUGCAUCAUUGAUUCGGAUUGCGUUCAAGGAAAGAUUUGUCAAAAUUACCAUUGCAUAGUUGGAUGUCGUGCAAAUCAAAAUUGUCCUACUGACAAAGUCUGUGUAGAACGUCAAUGUCAAAAUCCAUGUUCCUUCAGUGACGUGUGUGGAGUUGGUGCAUUCUGUAGAGCCGAAAAUCACUUCCCCGAGUGCUAUUGUCCUGAAGGUUUAGAAGGAAAUCCUCUUUAUGAGUGUCGCGAAAAAGAAGAGGUAGAAUGCGAAUAUAACAGUGAUUGUCCACCUAAUCACAUUUGUAAAGACCAUAACUGUAUAAUUAAGGAAGAAUGUCAGACAGAUCACGAAUGCCCACAAAGUCACAUCUGUCAAGAUCAUAAAUGCUUCCUUGGUUGUCGUACCGAUGAAAAUUGUCCAUUAGAUCAGAAAUGUAUUAAUUCUCAGUGUCAGAAUCCAUGCCAUUUGAGAAGAGCCUGCGGAGAAAAUGCUAAAUGUGAACCAAUGCAUCACAGAGCCACUUGUACUUGUUUGCCAGGAUUCUCUGGUGAUCCAAGAAUUCGCUGCAAAGAAAUCAGUGGAACUUGUAGGAGAGACAGUGAUUGUCCGAUUGGACAGAAAUGUAUCCAAAAUAGUUGCGACAUUGUAAAAGGUUGCACCUCUGAUAAUGAUUGCCAUCAAGGACAGAUUUGUGAAAAUGCAGAUUGUAUAUAUGGAUGUCGAAGCAACAGCGAUUGCAGCUUUACUCGUGCUUGUAUUCGAUUGAAGUGUGAAAAUCCCUGUGAAGUUAAUCCUUGCGGAACUAAUGCAGAAUGUACUCCUGCGAAUCACAUGGAAAUAUGCAAAUGUCCUCCCGAUUACACUGGAGAUCCUAAGAGGCAUUGUACUGCAAUUCCCGUCGACUGCUACGUCGACAAAGAUUGCGGACCGGGAAAGAUGUGCAUCAGCAACAAAUGUGUCGUGGGUUGUCGAAAUCACAACUAUUGUCCUCUGGAUCAAGCUUGCAUUCACGGAAGAUGUAGCAAUCCUUGUCAGGUCCCUCACAGUUGUGGUGUCGGAGCUAUUUGUAGACCGUAUAACCAUCAGGUGGAAUGUACUUGCCCGACCAACUUUAAGGGAGAUGCAAAAGUUAGAUGUGUUCCGAAAGAAGAAGACAGAGUUCAGUGUCAUACAGAUAAUGACUGUCAUUCUGGUUUUGUUUGCAGAAAUAAUGUUUGCAUAUAUGAAGAGGUUGGAUGUAGAUCAGAUUCUGCUUGCAAUCCCGGAGAGAUAUGUGAAAACAAACAAUGCAUACCUGGAUGCCGUCAAGAUUCUGAUUGUACUUUUGAUAAGGCAUGUAGAAAUAGUCAUUGUAUAAAUCCUUGCACUUCUAGGGACUCUUGCGGUCAUAAUGCUCUCUGUCGUCCGGUCGUACAUCGACCUCACUGCACAUGUUUAGAAGGAUAUCGUGGAAAUCCUUACGACUAUUGUGAUAAGAUUCCUCCAAAGCCAUUUGUCGAAUGUAUUGCCGAUGUUGAUUGUAAUAUUGGACAUAUUUGUGAAACUUCACGUUGUACAGUUGGAUGUCGUACAGAUGAGAACUGCCCUUACGAUAAAGCAUGUAUUGCCAGGCAAUGUAAAAAUCCAUGUUCCUUCCCCGAUGCUUGUGGUAAAAAUGCAGAAUGCCUUCCAGUAAGACAUCAACCUAUAUGUUCCUGUCCUGCACCAUUAACUGGUGAUCCAAAUGUAAAAUGUGAAGAAUUACCAUCUAAUUUCUGUUUUGGAGAUUCCGACUGUGGUAUUGGAACUAUUUGUGAGAACAACGAAUGUAUAGAUGCUUGUCGUACUCACGAUACCUGUCCCUAUGACAAAGCUUGUAUCAACAGACGUUGUCAGAAUCCCUGCAGCUUUUAUAAUGCUUGCGGACGUAAUGCCGAAUGUUAUCCUGUCAAUCAUCAAGCCAACUGUAGAUGUCCUGAGAAUUUCAGAGGUGAUCCAAAACAUGGAUGUACAUUAGAUAGAGAAGAUGAAAGGUGUACAGUUGAUAGCGACUGCAAUCAACACGAAAUCUGUGAAAGUGGAAAUUGUAUUCCUGGUUGCAGAAAUGACUAUCAAUGUGAACCAGAUGAGGCCUGUUCAAAGAGAAGAUGUCAAAAAGUAUGUAGGUUGUCUAAUGUUUGUGGCAUAAAUGCAGAAUGUAGAGGCGAAGGACAUCGACCAAUUUGCUCGUGUGUUACUGGAUUUGUCGGUGAUCCAAAUGUAGAAUGUAAAAUAGUUCAGCCACCAGAAUGUCGAGUAGAUACGGACUGUCCCAUACAGCACAUAUGUGAAUAUGAACAUUGCAUCAUUGGUUGCAGAACUGAUCAGAAUUGUGCUCUGACUGAAGCUUGCAUCAAUAGAUUGUGUCAGAAUCCUUGCGGCCAAUACAGAGCUUGCGGAAGAAAUGCUAUUUGUAAACCAUUUAAUCACGAAGCCAAAUGUGCAUGUCCUCAUAAUUUCAAAGGAAAUCCAAAUGUUGUUUGCAGUCAGGAGGAUAUUAAAGAAUGUUAUGUUGAUCGUGACUGUUCUAUCGGUUUAAUGUGCGAAAAUCAUAGAUGUAUUGAGGGUUGUCGACAUGAUAAUAACUGUCCUCAAAAUCAGGCUUGCAUAAGCGGACGUUGUCAGAAUCCCUGCCUGUUACCGAGCAGUUGCGGAACAAAUGCCGACUGUUAUCCUUGGCAGCACAGACCGGUUUGCAGUUGCCCACCGAAUCAUCGUGGUGAUCCAUUAAUAUCUUGUACUCUUGUGCCUUCUGACUAUUGUGAACAUGAUCUUGAAUGUCCUGUAAGAAAAAUAUGUGAACAUAAUAAAUGUAUUGAUGGCUGCAGAACUCAUUACAGUUGUGGCUUUGAAGAAUCAUGUGUAAACAAAGCUUGCGAAAAUCCCUGCAAUAUUGCUGGCGUUUGUGGUCAAAACGCUCUAUGCAAACCUCUUAAUCAUGACAGAGAAUGCAUUUGUCUCCCCGGUCAUCAGGGUGAUCCUAGAGUGCAAUGCACAAAAAUUGAUUUCCAAGAAGUUUGUUUCCAUGACAAAGAUUGCACCGUUGGCUACUAUUGUGAACAUACGCGUUGCAUACCGGGCUGCAGGACGAAUGACAAUUGUCCCUAUGAUCAAAUGUGUCAUCAGCACGUCUGUAGGAAUCCAUGUGAGUUUAGUGCAGCUUGUGGAAGACAAGCCAUCUGUACCCCCAUUAACCAUCAUGCUCAUUGUAGUUGUCCGCCUGGAUAUACUGGUGACAAUCCACAAAUUGCAUGCGAAUUGAUUGCGGAACCAGGUUGUAGAAGAGAUUCCGAUUGUGCAGUCGGACAAAUAUGUUCAAAAUCAGAAUGUAUAUUUGGUUGUCGAACGCACGAUAACUGUCCAUUUGACAAAGCUUGUAUUAAUCGUGUAUGUCAGAAUCCUUGCUAUGUUGGAGAAUUGUGUGGCGUUAACACCCAGUGCCGUCCGAUCAAUCACACGGGAAUAUGUACUUGUCUUCCGGGUUACGAAGGAAAUCCGCACACGCAGUGCACUCUGUUGGGAUAUGAAUGUGAAACAAACAGUGACUGUGGUUCUGGUUAUAUCUGUGUUAACCAUCAAUGUAAAGAUAUUAACGAAUGCUUAAAGGAUAGAGGUCCUUGUUCCUUCGGUGCUAUUUGUACUAAUAUUCCUGGAAGUUACAGAUGCAACUGUCCACCUGGUUUUAAUGGAGAUCCUUACAAAGGAAGAUGCCAUGAAAUAAUACCAGGAUGUACGCACAACCACGAUUGUGCCGAUAAUGAAGCUUGUAACACCCUGACUAAAGAAUGUUAUGAUGUAUGUACAAAACGAGGAGUAUGUGGAAGAGGAGCACUAUGCAAGGCAUCUAAUCAUCGGCAUGAAUGUUACUGUCCGUCGGGACUUUCCGGAAAUCCUUAUGUCGAAUGUAGUGUUUUCGAAACAUGCCAUUCGCACCAAGAAUGUUCGGGAAAUCUUCACUGUCUCGGUUCUUAUUGUGGUUGUCCUCAACCAUUUAAACAAGUUGGAGUAUUUUGCAUACUGACUAGUCAAAAUUGCACAACAACCAACCCUUGUCCGGAAAAUCAAAAAUGUGUAUAUUCUGGUGGUUCUACCGGAUUCUGUGUUUGUCCACGUGGUUUUGUAUUAAUGACUAAUGGAAUCUGCAGAGAUUUGAAUGAAUGCGAGCAGACUCCUUUCCCAUGUGGACAUGGUGCACAAUGUUUCAAUACUGUUGGCAGUUACAGAUGUCAGUGUCCUCCAGGAACUGAAGGAGAACCUUACGUUUCAGGCUGUCAUCGUCCAGAAGGUUCUUGUCUUCACGAUGGCGAAUGUCCAGAUCACCUAGCUUGUGAUACUGUCUCUCAACAAUGCUAUGAUCCAUGCAUAGUUAAAAAUCCGUGUGGACGCAAUGCCGAAUGUCACGUUCGUAAGCACAUUCCUCAAUGUGAAUGUAGGGCUGGAUUUUCUGGUGAACCAACAAGAGGCUGUUUCUUCAUUCAGGGUUGUCAAAGCCAUCAAAGUUGUCCUGGAAAUCUCUUCUGUUUACCAAAUGGAUACUGUGGAUGUCCGGGAGAAUUUAGACGACUUUCGGACUUUUGCAUUCUUACUAGUAUAAAUUGCACAACAACUAAUCCGUGUCCAGAAAACCAACAGUGUGUAUAUGUUGGAAGUGAUAUUGGAUUCUGUGUGUGUCCAAGAGGAUUUAAACUACUUACAACUGGAGUUUGUAUAGAUGUUGAUGAAUGUAGCGAAGGUGGCUUUGAUAUAUGCGGAGAUGGAGCAGAAUGUAGAAAUACACUUGGAAGUUAUGAAUGUUAUUGUCCAAGUGGAUUUGAGGGGGAACCGUAUAAUGGCAUCUGUCGACGUAAAGAUGUGGGAUGUUCAAGCGAUCACCAAUGUAGAUAUAACGAAGCUUGUGAUCUUCAUACUAAAGAAUGCUAUGAUGUUUGCUCAUUAAAACAACAUUGUGGAAGAAAUGCUUUGUGCCGUGCAGAAAAUCAUAAACCAAAAUGUUCUUGUCCUCCGGGCUAUGUAGGAAAUGCAUAUUCUGGAUGUUAUAGAGAGGAAAUUUGCGGCAGAGAUUAUUCAUGUCCUGGAAAUCUUGUUUGUUUGGAUAGUAAAACGUGUGGUUGUCCACCAGAUUAUCAGCGUCUUGGAGAUUAUUGUUUAUUGACAAGUCGAAAUUGCACUACUACAAAUCCUUGUCCAUCCAAUGAAGAAUGUCUUUACACUGGACAAAUGUUAGGUUUUUGUGUUUGCCCCAGAGGAUAUGAAAUAAUGACAAAUGGAAUUUGUAAAGAUAUUGAUGAAUGUGAAAGAUUUGAACAUCCCUGUGCACCCGGUGCCAAAUGUGUCAAUUUACCGGGAAGUCGUCGAUGCACUUGUCCAGCAGGCACUAUUGGUGAUGCAUAUAUCACUGGAUGUGAAGUUAUUGAUAAGAGUUGUCGAUCAAAUGAAGAUUGUCCCUCUGAUAAAGAAUGCAGUGUUGGUAGUGGACAAUGUAUUAACCCAUGUUAUCGAUGUGGUAAAAGUGCUGCUUGUACAGUCACUAAUCACGAAGCUAUUUGUACUUGUCCACCGCAUACCAGAGGAGAUCCGUAUGACACGACAUUUGGAUGCUACAAGAGGGAAGAACCACCAGAAACUCCACCACCUCCAAGCGAUUUAUCAGUUGUAUGCUUAGCAGAUGGCAUCCAAGUGUCUAUACAAUUAGAUGGUUUUAAUGGUGUCAUUUAUGUGAAAGGACAGAGCCAAGAUCCACAGUGUCGCCGAAUAGUCAGUAGUAGUGAGAGAGAAAUCAUUGAUUUCAAAGUGUUGUUUAACACGUGUGGUCUUAUUCACUUAAAUGGAGAAGCAUCAUUUAUUUUGGUAAUUCAAAAACAUCCUAAAUUAGUGACAUAUCGUGCAAGAGCUUAUCAUAUAAAAUGUGUAUACAGUACUGGAGAAAAGACAAUUACACUUGGAUUUAAUGUCAGUAUGAUCACAACAUCUGGAACAAUUGCAAAUACUGGUCCACCACCUACUUGUCUGAUGACUAUUAUAUCAGAUAGGGAGGAAGAAGUCAGUAGUGCAGAGAUUGGAGAAAAUCUCUUACUUAAAGUGGAAGUGAAACCUGACUAUAUUUAUGGAGGUUUUGCUCGAAGUUGUGUGGCUAAAACAAUGGAAGACAAUGAAGAAAUACAAUACGAAGUUACAGAUAAUGAAGGAUGUGCCACUGAACCCAAAAUUUUUGGAAAUUGGAUACUCAAUCAUACUGAUAAAACACUUCGUGCAAGGUUUAAUGCAUUUAAAUUUCCUACUAGUAACAAUUUACGUUUCCAAUGCAAUAUCAGAGUUUGUUUCGGCUCCUGCCCACCGAUUAACUGUAAUGGUAUUGAUGCUCACGGAAGACGUAAGCGUCAAGCAGACAAUAGAGAUUUGGUGGUUGGAGGAGACAGUUUCCAAGAGGGUGCAUUGAGAGAAGAAAUUACAGUACAAUCUAAUGCAAUACUCACAAUAGAAAGGAGAGAGACUCAAGUUGCACCUACUACAGAAGGGCCAACAAUUGAAGAGAUUGAUAAUGUUUGCCUACCAAAACUUGGACUCAUUAUCUCUUUGGUGAUAACGACCCUUCUAGCAUUAGUAGCUGUAGCUGUAGCCAUAUCCUGUUGGUUAAUGGCCUACAGGCGCAAGUCAAAAACUUCAGGACCACUGCCUCAUCCACCGGAUUUUCCCAACCCCCUGUACACUACGCCAGAACCGGUUGCGGAACCUUCGCCAGACUAUUACCCUUCCUCUCAUCGCAGUCUGUGAUAUAACAGCUACUCACAGCCAUGAACUUUUAACGAUUUCUAUUAAUGCAACAACUCUCUCGUCAGAGGAAAAGCACUGUCUAAAACUCUCGCGUACAAUCCCUCGUGUUCUAUGUGCCAUACUGAAGAACCAAGUGUCAUCAAGCGGAAUACUACGCGAGAGUGCACUGCCACAAUUACUUCUUCUGGCAAUUGAGUUA